AUGUCGCAACCAUAUACCAAAGUUCCUGCUGAUAAUGAAGAAGAUUUAUUAAGUACAGAUUUCAUCCAACCUGAUUCACCAUUCAACGAUACAAAUGCAUACAAUAAGAGCAGGCCAUCAGCUCCUCCGAUCACUCCCACUGGUGCUGUUCCAGCAGGACCGGCAGGAAGUUCAUCCAAGAAUGCAACUGAAACAAAGUCCCAUAUGUUCCAAAUCAAUUUCUAUAGAGCAUAUUUUGAUUUAGAUAGUGAUACAUUUUUCCAAAAGAUUCAAAAAGCAUUAAAUCCGUUUGCAACCAGUAUUGGUGGUACUGAGAGUACUACGGAUGAUGAUCAAGAUAGUCCUACUGAAUUAUAUGGAUUUGUUUGGAUAACUGGAACAUUGAUAUUUUUAAUGUUUGUAAGUUCAACUGGAGCCAAUUUACUUUCUCAAUGGUUACAUGGGGAUGAAAAGAAGAAGUAUGAAUAUAGUUUUGAUCUAUUGACGAAAGCAUUUAGUUUAUUUUAUGGAUAUAACUUACUUGCUCCAGGUAUAUUAUGGCUUGUCACGUCAUAUUUUAUUAAAUUUCCUUAUAGAAUUUCAUUAACUAAGACUAUUUCAAUAUAUGGAUAUACCAAUGUUCUUUGGUUUCCAAUUACUAUUAUUAACAUUUUAAUUGUUGUAUUCAUAAGUAAUCAGAAACACCAUUUAAUGUUAAAUAUUCUUGAAUGGAUAAUUGUUUUGCUUAGUGGGUUGAUUACUGGAUUAAGUAAUCUUUCCAAGUUGUCGCCCGUGAUUAAAAAGAAUAGUUUAAUUAUUCAUGAAGGAGAUGCUAAUGCUUCAAAGAGAUUAUUUUAUGGUGUAAUGAUAUCAUUGGCAAUUGCUCAUUUGUUAUUUACUGUUAUUGUUAAGAUUAGCUUCUUUGGUAUUAAAGUAUGA